AUGCCGUCCAACUCUAUCCUCCUAGCUGCCACCGCCAUCUUGGCGGUCAUUCCUACCGCUCUAGCAACUGGAGCAAACGUUGGACUCUUUACCCAUUUCCAUUGUGAAAAGGCCAGCGUUCAGCAAGGAAUCGAGAGAUGCGGGGGCGGAGUUGGGAACGCCCACUGCGCUUUCGUUGUACAGUCGAGCGCCGGACCAUAUGUCUUGUGCAAUGCCUGUCAAUUUACACCACAGCAAACAGCUGGGUGCUGGCCAACAUACUUUACCUUCCCAAAGCCGGCGCCACCACCACCACCACCACCACCACCACCACCACCACCACCACCGCCACCGCCACCACCACCUCCAGUAGUAAAGACCGUGACAAUAACGAGAACUGCAACUGGCGCUGCUGCUAUUACCGUCUAUAGGACGGUUCUGGUUGGCACAUUAACUAAGACUAUCCUCAAAGGGGUUUAUCCACUCCAAACAAAAACGGUCCAGCGGUUUGAGUACGUUUAUGUUACUCCUAAGGGAGAAGACGUCACAACAAUCAGAACUCGAACUGUGCAGGUCCAGAAGACUAAGACAGUAACGGCAACGGUAACUGGCAAAGCGGCCCUUACUAUCCGCAGGACGGUUUUUGUUGGCCCUCAACCUACGACGACCAUAAUUAAAACUUACCCAUACGAAACAAUAACGCUUUCGAAGACCAUCUACGUCGUAGCCUAUCCUACCAAACAGGAGCCCGUAACAGUUUCAACUCGGGUUCCCCAAAAUAACGCAGCCAGUACGGUUACGAAGACUGUUAAAGACGGCAAUAACGUUAAAACGGUCUAUGUUGUGUAUAUUGGUGGACGUCCUGUCAAGACGGAGAUACCUACCACGACAGUUUACAAAACUAUCGGAGGCGGUGGUAAAAAUAUUCAGAUUAUCUAUAUUGUGAAGGAUGGUGUUACGAAGACCAUUACGAAGACACUUGACCCUAACGUCAUGAUUAAGACGAUAACGAAAAGUGGAAAAGUUGUUACUACCGUUACCACCGUUACCGCUACACGACCGGCUCCAAGCGAUGAGCCUGAGGAGUCUGAGGAACCUGAGGAAGGGGACCCUGAUGUGUCUGGGAAGCCUAAGGACGAGGAGCCUGAGGAGCCUAAGGACGAGGAGCCUGAGGAACCUGAGGAGCCUAAGGACGAGGAGCCUGAGGAGUCUGAUAAUAUGUACGACUGA